AUGCAAGCUGAAAAGUUACAAAAGGAUGGUAACAGACUAUUAAAGGCUGCGACUGCGGCCAAGGAGGAAGUUGGGAAUUUGGUCACCGAUGCGUUGGAGGCUGUUGUGAAGAUGGACGGAGAUCUCAAGAGGGAUUUGAAGGAGGUGAAAGAGAAGAUUAAAAGUGGGAUAAAUCAGGUGAUUACGAGUCUGGGAGUUAAGGAAUUGGAUGCGAAAGUGAAAGAUGAUUUGGGGACGUUGAGGCAGAAGAUUGAGGGGCUUAAAAAUAAUAUGGACGAUGAUUCCAAACCUAAUGAGCUUGUUAAACAGGCGUUGGAAAACCUUGCAGAAGAGAAGCAAACUCUUGAAAAAGUUACCCAUAAGGACACCGGCUCAAUUAAGAGGGAGAUGGAUAAGCUUGACAACAAUUUUAAGACUGCGAUCCAAAAUCCGCUUGACACAAAAGUCAAAGAAGUUGAAACGGCGAUUGGGACGCUAGGCGGGAAGUUUAGUCUAAACGGUGAUAAGAUGCUUGAAAAGAUUUUCGGGCAUGUUAAAGGGGAAGUUGGUAAAAUUAAGGGGAAGCCGGGACAAAAAGGUAGUUGGGAGAAUAAUGGUGGUCAAGGUCUGGACGGGAUUCAGAGCAAGGUGCAGAGUUACGCCAAUGCGUUCAGCGGGGAUGACGGGGGAAAGUUUAAUAUUAUAGUUAAGGGCUGGAUUGAAGAGACCAUUUUGAAGCAUAACGGCGCGGUGAGGAAGAUGCUUGAUAAGAAAUUUGCGUAUGAUGAGAGUGAGAAAGAUGUAUUCACCAACGUCGCAGAUGCUUUUAAGGAACAGCUAAAGAGCGAAUCAACUGAAGCCGGUGAAAAGGUUGUAAACGGAAACAAAGGAGCGGGCGGCGGCACCCAAAAGAUUCAUGGAUACGUCAACGCUGUGAAACAAGGCUGUGAUGCGUUCGCCGAAGCGCUUGACAAGAAGCUGAACAGUAAUGAGUUCGGUGGAAUAUACUCCGAGGUCAAGCAGAAGAUGCAGAAUAACAAUUUCAACGCCACAAAAUGCAUCUGCGAGAGCGUAGGCUGCACAAACUGUAACGGCCAAGGGAGUGUCCAUAAGCAGGACUGCAAGGAAAAGGCUUUCAUCGCCACCGUACUCUGCACAGUCUCCUCCGUGUCCCGCCAGGUGGGCAACGAACUGGAGUCGGUGCUGCUUGCCGGCAAAACAGAAAACAGCAUCGCGGGCAUCCUGGACGCGGUGUACGAGACAACGAACGAUCUUCACAGCCAGCUUACCGCGGCUACUGACCCCAAACAAGGCCCCUCCAACCAAGAAAGCCCCGCCGAAGCCGUGGACAGUAAGUUGAAGGCGGUGAGGCAGAAGGUAAAUAACGACCUUGUAAAUGAUUUUAAUAACCAUGUCAAAAAGCCACUUAAGACUGAGGUCGAAAAACUUCCCGCCGCCGUUAACGCUUUCAACAAGUCCGCCGAACAGCAGAUCAAGGCUGCGGCCAAGACGGCGAUCGGGAAGGCGGCUGGGCAGAUUAGUGAUAAACCGAGUGGUCCAAUUGAGCUUGGUGAUGAACUCAUGAAUGAAUUCAAAAAAUCUCACGAUGAGAUCAAAGAUAAGCUCCCCAAAGACCUUCAAGAUCUGCUUGAGAAGCACAUUGGGAGGGAUGAUCCGAACAGCACUGCACCAGGUAGUCCCAAAAGGCAACCAACUAAAGUCACACUUGCUGGUACGUUUAAGAAUUAUACAGAGCACAUAGGGAUUGGACCGUUGACGAAAUUUCCUUACGGACAUCUUGAUAAAGCGAUACACAACAUAAAAACAGUGGGUCUGGCAGAGCUUGAAAAUACAUUAGGUGACAGCACCCUGGACAAAAAUAAGAUAGAUGACAAAACAUUCACCGUUCCGUUCGGCCAAAUUAAGAAUCAGGUUGAAGCGAUCGCCGGGUUGGUUGAUAAUACAAAGGGCACGCCGCCAACCUACCACGUCGGUGAUAAGCAAAAUGGCAUCAAGCAAUGGUUGGCUGAACUAAAAAAUGCGCUUAGUAAUAAAAAUGGUAACGCCCUUUGGAAUGGCUUUACUAAGGGUCUAGAACAAAUCCAAUCGGUGAUUAACGAUCUGCAAUCAAAUCCGUUUACCAGCGGACCCAAAGAAAUUGGCACAGCCGUCACCCUUAUUAAGGCGGAGCUUGAACUGCUUAGAGGGAAGUUGCAAGGCAAAUAUGGCAAUAGAGAUGACGUUAUAAACGCUUUGCAAGAUUUGAGAGAUAAUGGUCUCGAAAGGGGUAUAACAAUUUGGAACGGUAAAAAGCGCAUCGACAAUAUAGAGAAUUAUCUCCGGCAGCUGUAA